UCACCCCCCUCCCCCCUCAGGCUGUUGCCAUGACGAAGGAGCGUGGGGGGGAGCUCCCGGCGGGGGGGGGCACCGACCCCCGACCCCCCCAGCCCCAUGGUGGAGCGACGCAAGAAGCCGAUGGUGCACCCCGCCGCCCCCGCCCCCCUGCCCAAGGACUACGCCUUCACCUUCUUCGACCCGAACGACGCGGCGUGCCGGGAGAUCCUGCUGGACCCUCGCACCACCGUGCCCCAGCUCUUUGCCAUCCUGCGCCAGUGGGUGCCCCAAGUGCAGCACAGCGUCGAUGUGAUCGGCAAUGAGAUCCUGCGCCGCGGGUGCCACGUGAAUGACCGGGAUGGACUGACGGACAUGACGCUGUUGCACUACGCCUGCAAGGCUGGUGCCCACGGCGUGGGGGACCCGGCAGCGGCAGUGCGUCUGUCCACGCGGCUGCUUGCACUGGGGGGGGAUGUGACGCUGCGGAGCCGCUGGACCCACAUGAACGCCCUCCACUACGCCGCCUACUUCGACGUCCCCGAGCUCAUCCGCACACUCCUGCGGGCGGCAGCCCCCCGAGUGCUGCACUCGACCUGCAGCGACUUCAGCCACGGGACGGCACUGCACAUUGCUGCCUCCAACCUCUGCCUGGGGGCUGUGCGCUGCCUGCUGGAGCACGGGGCCGAUCCUGCCCUCCGGAACAGCAAGGGUCAGGUGGCGGCCGAGGUGGUGCCGGACCCUACGGACAUGGCGCUGGACAAGGCGGAGGCGGCGCUGGCGGCGCGGGAGCUGCGACAGCUGCUGCUGGAUGCCGUCCCCCUGAGCUGCAGCCUCCCCCGCGUCACCCUGCCCAACUACGACAACCUACCCGGGAACCUCAUGCUGCUCUGCCUCGGCCUCCAGCUGGGCGACCGCGUCCAAGUUGACGGUGGAAAGGUGGGGACCCUGCGUUUCUGCGGCACCACGGCGUUUGCCAGCGGGCAGUGGGCUGGAGUGGAGCUGGACGAGCCUGAGGGCAAGAACGACGGCAGCGUGGGGGGGGUCCGCUACUUCAUCUGCCCCCCCAAACAGGGUGUCUUCGCCUCUGUCUCCAAGAUCUCCAAGGCGGAGGAGCAGCCCCCAGCCCCUCCCCCCCCCCGCAGCCCCCCGGGACCCCCGGCCCGAGCCCCCCACAAGGCCCGGAAGGACAAGAGAGCGCCCCGGAAGCGUGGUGGGGCGUGGCUGGACCGGGAGGGGCGCCGCGUGGCCCCGGGGGAUGCGGUGCUGGUGGCCGGACAGCGCCCGGGGCGGGCCCGGUUCUAUGGGCGCACUGACUUCGCCCCGGGGUACUGGUUCGGGGUGGAGCUGGACUCAGCCGGGGGGAAACACGACGGCUCUGUUUUCGGGGUGCGGUACUUCUCCUGCCCCCCCAAACACGGUGUCUUCGCUCCCCCCUCCCGUGUGCAGAGGGUCGGGGGUCCCAGGGAGGAGCCGGGGGAUGGCACCCCAGAAAAGAAGGUGCAGCAGGUCACUGUGUCACAGCCCAAGCGCAACUUCCCGGCGGUGCGGACCCCGAAGGACAUCACCUCAGAGAGCUCCUUCUCCAGGUUACUCUUCUGCUGCUGGUUCCCCUGGAUGCUGCGGGCCGAGAUGCAGUCCUAACCCCGCCCCCCCGGCCUCGCUGGGCCCCUCCCACCCCCCUGCCACCCCUCCCCCACCCAGUGCCCUUGGUCCCCUCCCCUCCCCCCCCGCCCUGGGGGGGGGGAGACGUGAUGUGACACCCCUUCCCCCCCCUGCCCCAAACCCUGACUCCCUUUGCGCCAGGCUGUUGACUCUGGAACCUACUUAUUACAGCGACAGGGUGGCAGGGGGGGUGAGUUGAGGCCAGCCAGCCUCUCCCCUGACCCCUGUUUUGGGCUGUUCACCCUUGAACCUACUGAUAACAGUGAUGGGGAUUUGCUGGUGCCAAGACACACACCCCCACCCACCCACUCAUUUUGGGCUGUUCACCAUGGAACAUACUGAUAACAGUGAUGGGGAUUAGCUGGUGCCAGCCCCUCCCCCCCCCCCCCCCCCCCCCCCCCCCUUUGGGCUGCUCUCUCUGGAGCCUACUGAUUACAGUGAUGGGAUGAGUUGAUGCCAGCCCCCAACCACCUUUGCACCCUGCCCCCCCAGCCCUCUUUUGUGGCUGUUCACUCUGGAACCUACUGAUUACAGCGAUGGGGGUGAGCUGACGCCUGCCCCUCUGACCACCCUCUUAACACCUGUUUUGGGCUGUUCACCCUGGAACCUACUGAUUACAGUGAUGGGGUGUUGCUGCCAGCCCCACCCACAAGCCCCUCUGCCCCCUCCUCCCCAUAUUGGGCUGCUCAUUCUGGAACCUACUGAUUAGUUACAGGGAAUUGAUGCCAGGAUCCCUCCCAGAAUAUUUCUGGGCCCCGCUAAGCCCGGUUCCUCCAGGCGGUUCACUCUGGAACCCACUGAUUACGCUUGUGAGGAGUGAGCCAAUGCCAACCUGCCCCUCCCCCCCCCCCCCCCCCCCGCGUUUUGGGUUGUUCACACUGGAAGCUGCUGACUACAAUUGGGAGAAGAGGGAUUUAUGCCAGGGACCUGCCGCAAACCUGUUCUUGAGCCGUUAACUCUGGAAACUACUGAUUAUACCCGGGGGGGGGGGGGGCAUUUUAUGGAAAACUGGUUUGGUGGAUACUCCAGUGGCUGCUAGUGGGGUUGAGGACCCCCCCCCAAAAAAAAAGGGACCCAGGCGUCCGGGCCCCCCCCCCCCCCCCGCAGUAGCAAUAACAUCCCAUCCCCCUGCGAUCGUGUGAGUGGCUUUAAUGUCCCCAUCCCCCCGCCCGUGCCCUGCCCCCCCGCUGCCGCAUGGUCCCCCCCGGACCCGCUUCUGCCACCAAUAAACACCUUUAUACGUC